AUGGCAUCCGAGCCCUGCCCGAACUCUGUGUUUGUGUCUAGGGAAGACUUUUUGAAGAAGGGGAAUUUGAUGGUGAUACCUUGUGGGAUUUCGUUAGGGUCCCACAUAACAGUGGUGGAAACGUCGCGAUGGGCCCAUGCGGAGAGCGAGCCAAAUAUCGCGCUUAUGAAGGAGGAUGGAGAGAGCAAGAUUGUGUCACAGUUCAUGAUGGAGUUGCAAAGAUUGAAGGCUAUGGAUGGUGACGACCUUCCGAAGAUACUGCAUUUUAACCCACUAAUUAAAGGGGAUUGGAGUGAUCGGCCAAUGAUUGAGAAGAACAAAUGUUAUUAG